ACAUGUAUGUACCAGGCAUGAUUUGCUUUACUUUGGUAGUGAGCCUUCUUUUGGCUCAGACUGAAGGCAGGGCUUUCAAUAACGUUCAAUCACGUGAGCGGCGACAAACGUCCGGUUGUGAUGGAGGAACGAGGUAUGACUACUUCGGGCCAAUUUCCACCAACAUUGGCGGCGAGUACGGCAACAACGAGAACUGCUGCUGGAACAUCGUGCCUGACGUUCAGGGGACAUGGGCAAUCACAUUCCAGUUUAGUUCAUUUGACGUGGAAAGUAGCUCUGGUUGUAGAUAUGAUGCCCUCACCUUCGACACGGACGAUGGGCCUGUGAAGGAGUGCGGACAGAAGACGGAUUUCUCAAGGACAUUCGUGGUAAAUGGCAGUCAGUUCGAAGUGUGUUUCAGCAGCGACGGCUCCGUCACCGGCCAAGGGGUCAGUGGAACCUACAGCAUAGGCACAGUGAACGUCGACUCAACAUCCAACCCUGCCUACACCACAGCCUACCCUGACUACACCACAUCCUACCCUGACUACACCACAUCCUACCCUUACUAUUCCACAGCCUACCCUUACUAUUCCACAGCCUACCCUUACUAUUCCACAGCCUACCCUUACUAUUCCACAGCCUACCCUGACUAUUCCACAGCCUACCCUGACUAUUCCACAGCCUACCCUGACUAUUCCACAGCCUACCCUGACUAUGCCAUAUACUACUCUGACUACACCACAUCCUACCCUGACUACGCCACAGACUACCCUGACUACGCCACAGCCUAUCCUGACUACGUCACAGCAUACCCUGACUACAUCACAGCAUACCCUGAAUAUACCACAGCAUACCCUGAGUAUCCACAAGAACCAGUCACAACUUCAGGUAAUACUAGCUACUAUGGCAACCAUGGCAGCAUCAGUAUCAACGCUGAUGGCAACUACGAAAACAGCCAGGACAACUGUUACUCCCUUCACCCAAGCUUCACCGGGUCGGGCGUUAUCACCUUCGUCUUCAACGUGUUUGACAUCGAGGAGGCCACCGGCUGCGUGUUUGACUAUAUUGAGUUUGAUGGCAUUAACAAAAAACUGAGGGAGUGUGGCACUGUAGAUGCGGGGACCCAGAGAGAGUUUGAAUUCCACGACGGUCGUUUCAAUGUUUGCUUCCACUCCGAUGGAUCAGUGACAGGACGGGGUGUCCAGGCCACGUAUUCCAUGAAUCCAGUUCGAAGGAUUGAAUCUGUUGAGACAACACCAUAUCCAGUGGACGUUACCUUCAACGCAACGAUGUCAACUAAUUUCACAGAAGCAACAACGCUACCAGUGAGUAUAACCGUGAAUGCUACAAGUCUCCCCGACACCGAGGACAAUACCUGCACCCAGGUCCUGACAUCAGAUGAUGGCGCCCUGACAAGCCCAGGCAACGGCAGCUACGCCAACAACGUGCAGUGUGUCACUGUCAUCACAGGCCCCAGUGUACCAUACACUUUGGUCCUCAGCUUCACAACAUUUGACCUCGAGUACUCAUCUACAUGUAGAUACGACUACCUGGAGGUUGAUAUGGGCGAGGGAAACAGCCAGAAGGGAUGUGGAUCAAGCUGGGACAACAGAACAGUGGAGUACUCAUCAGAUGGCGGUAACGUCACACUGACGUUCUCUUCUGACUCCAGUCAGACAGGAACGGGAUACAUCGCAACUUACACCAUUCAACCUAGAGGUGUUCCUUCCUUGAGUGAUGGCGACUGUUUGUACAUCAACACCAACGUCUCGGCGGGAGUUAUCCAAAGUCUCCCCGGUACCGGCAGUGACUACACCAACAACAUGGACUGCACGUACGAGUUCACUCGCAAUACCCCCUUUUAUCUGGACAUCAACUUCAUCGCCCUCGACACAGAGUCUUCGAGCAACUGCCGCUACGACUACGUCCAGGUUGGGGAUGAUAAAUACUGUGGAAGCGAUUUGCCCAACGCAACGAGAGUGUCGGUACAAGGUGGAUCAGCAAUAAUCCGCUUCAGAAGUGACAGCAGUGUAACAGGAAAGGGCUUUGUGGCUUUGUUCACUAUUGAAGAGCACUGCAACUCCGAAAUUGAUGAUCUUGAGGGCACCUAUACCUUGGCCACUGAUUCUGAAGAUCAUUACAAAAACAACCAACACUGUGACAUCACACUCCGCUCUCCCCCCGCCCCACACAUCACCACUGUCAACUUUACACGUUUUGACAUCGAGGACGAUUCGGGUUGCGACUAUGACAGUUUAACAAUAACAAGUGAUGACGGCGCCGAGAAACUGUGUGGAGCAAAGGAGUCCUUUAUCCGACAAUACACUGGGCCUGUUGACAUGACGUUUACCAGUGACGGAAGUGUUGUGCGUAGCGGUUUCUCCUUCAGUUAUGUCACUGAAAUUGUCUACUGCAAUGCAACUAUAAACGCCCCGUCCGGAACAUUUGAGUCGCUUCCCGGUGGUUACGAGAACAACAUGUAUUGCACCUACACAAUCAACACCCCCACUCCUGGUGACCUAGUCUUCACCUUCCCAUUGUUUGACGUUGAGUCAGGCAGUAGCUGCCGAUACGACGCUGUUGAGAUGGCAGGAGACAAGCUGUGUGGAACAAACAUCCAAGACAAGACGUACAGUACUGAUGGCCAUUUCCAGUUCCUCUUCACAAGCGAUGGUUCCGUAACUAAAGAUGGUUUUCGAAUAGACUUCAACUUCACUCCGGCGGACAACAUAACUACAUCCCCACUGCCAACGCUUCCAACGCUACCAGUGACAACACAAACCACCACCCUCCCUGUAACUACAUCUUCUCCUGACACUGAUACCUGCACCCAAGUCCUGACAUCAGAUGAUGGCACCCUGACAAGCCCCGGCAAUGGCAGCUACGCCAACAACGUGCAGUGCGUCACUGUCAUCACAGGCCCCAGUGUACCAUACACUUUGGUCCUCAGCUUCACAACGUUUGACCUCGAGGGCUCAUCCACCUGUAGAUACGACUACUUGGAGGUUGAUAUGGGCGAGGGAAACAGCCAGAAGGGAUGCGGAUCAACAUGGGACAACAGAACAGUGGAGUACACGUCAGAUGGAGGUAACGUCACAGUGACAUUUUCUUCUGACUCCAGUCAGACAGGAGCAGGGUACAGCGCCACCUACACCAUCCUGCCAAGAGGUGUUCCUUCCUUGAGUGAUGGCGACUGUUUGUACAUCAACUCCAACGUCACGGCGGGCGUUAUCCAAAGUCUCCCGGGUACCGGCAGUGACUACACCAACAACAUGGACUGCUCGUACGAGUUCACUCGCAAUACCCCCUUUUAUCUGGACAUCAACUUCAUCGCCCUCGACACAGAGUCUUCGAGCGACUGCCGCUACGACUACGUCCAGGUUGGAGAUGAUAAAUACUGUGGAAGCGAUUUGCCCAACGCAACGAGAGUGUCGGCACAAGGUGGAUCAGCCAUCAUCCGCUUCAGAAGUGACAGCAGUGUUACAGGAAAGGGCUUUGUGGCUUUGUUCACUAUUGAAGAGCACUGCAACUUCGAUAGUGAAGAUCUUGAGGGCACCUAUACCUUGGCCACUGAUUCCGAGGAUCAUUACAGAAACAACCAACACUGUGAGAUCACUCUCCGGUCUCCUCCCACCCCUCACAUCACCACUGUCAACUUUACACGUUUUGACAUCGAGGACGAUUCGGGUUGCGACUAUGACAGUUUAACAAUAACAAGUGAUGACGCCACCGAGAAGUUGUGUGGAGCAAAGGAGUCCUUUAUCCGACAAUACACUGGGCCAACAGUUGACAUGGCAUUUACCAGUGACGGAAGUGUUGUGCGCAGCGGUUUCGCCUUCAAUUAUGUCACUGAACUUGUCUACUGCAAUGCAACUAUAAACGCCACAUCCGGAACCUUUGAGUCACAGCCUGGUGGUUACGAGAGCAACAUGUACUGCACCUACACCAUCAACACCCCCACUCCUGGUGACCUAGUCUUCACCUUCCCAUUGUUUGACGUUGAGUCAGGCAGAAGCUGCAGAUACGACGCUGUUGAGAUGGAAGGAGACAAGCUGUGUGGAACAAACAUCCAAGAGAAGACGUACAGUACUGAUGGUCAUUUCCAGUUCGUCUUCACAAGUGAUGGAUCCGUAAAUGGAGAAGGUUUCAAGAUAGACUUCACUUUCAUCCCUCACGAAAUUCAGAAUUAGAAACAUGGGUACUUUUUCAAGAGAUGGAAGGCAUUCUCAAUAAAUCACUUAAAUGAUAAA